AUGUUCCAGUGGAGCUAUGCUAGCGUCGCCGCCGAGUGCACGAACUUCAUCGGUCCCGCAGGCUACGGUUACGUCUCUGUGAGCCCGCCGCAAGAGCACAUUCAGGGCAACCAGUGGUGGACGGACUACCAAGCCGUCUCCUACAACCUCGUCUCCAAGCAUGGCGACCGCAAUGCGUUCCAGAGCAUGAUUAACACCUGCCACUCGGCCGGCGUGCUUGUUAUUGUCGACACGGUAUGGAACCACAUGUCAGGCCAGACCUCGGGCACGGGCACCGCCGGUUCCUCGUUCCAGAAGUAUGUCUACCCGGGCACCUACACCGGCUGGGACUUCCACUCCUGCCACCACGGCAUCAACAACUACAACAACGCGACCGAGGUCCAGUUCUGCGAGCUCGCCGGUCUUGCCGACCUUGCGACCGAGACCGACUAUGUCCGCGGCCGGCUGGCCCAGUACGGCCAGGACCUCAUCAACUUGGGCGUUGAUGGUCUGCGCCUGGAUGCUGCGAAGCACAUGCCCGUGGCCGACAUUCAGAACAUCUUGUCGCGGAUUAACAAGAACGGCAAGUCCAUCUACAUCACACAGGAGGUCGUCUUCGGAUCCGGUCAGCCUGUCACUCCGAACCAGUACACCCCCGUCGGUGACGUCCAGGAGUUCCGGUACACUGACGCUCUUGCGAGCGCCUUCUUCGGGACGACCAAGCUCUCCAACCUGCAGACUCUGGAUGGUCGUGGCUGGGUUUCCAGCUCGAAGGCCAACGUCUUCGUCGCCAAUCACGACACCGAGCGUAACCCCGGCACUCUCAAGCCUACGUCGGCCAAGAACGCCUACACGCUCGCAUCUGUCUUCUCCCUCGCCCACCCCUUCGGCACUCCCACCGUGCUCUCCGGCUUCUCGUACUCGACCACCGACGACGGAGGCCCGAACAACGGCUACGGCACCUGUUCGGGCAACGGCGGCGCCAACGGCUGGCUCUGUCAACACCGCUGGACCGCGAUCUCCGGCAUGGUUGGCUUCCGGAACAAGGUCGGAAAGGCGGCGAUGACGAACUGGUCCGCUGGGUCGUCGCAGCGCAUCUCGUUCGGGCGUGGCUCGCUUGGCCAUGUCGCGAUCAACAACCAGGACUCGACUUGGUCGGUCAAGGUGAAGACGUCGCUGCCCAACGGCAAGUACUGCGACGUCGUCGGUGGCGCACGCUCCGGUGGCAAGUGCACGGGCACGACGUACACCGUCUCUGGCGGAUACGUCACCCUCAAACUCGGUGCGCGGAGCGCCAUGGCAAUCCACACCGGCGCGAAGCUCUCAUAA